GCCAAAGAUUUGAAUUCCGCAGAACGAAACGGAACAAACCCACUCCAACCCAUACAGCCCAGCUUCCUUUACCUUCCGCCGGCUUCUACUUCUCCGCCAUAAACAAUUUUAAAGGUUCGAUUCCCCUUAGUCGGAUUCGAUUCUCGAGUUCGUGUUUGUUUUCCCCCAUUUUAAUCGGAUUAGUUUACUGCCGUCCGGUCCAACCUUAUCGUCUCUGAGAUUUCAAAUUCCGCGCCAUUUGUAUAAUCCAAAGGUAACCGUUCCCAGAAAACCCUAAUCCCCCCCCCGAGCCGGAUUCGGGGUUUAAUUAGAUCCAAUUAUGCCUUCGGGGCAGAAAGCUGGUCCGAAUCCGGCGGCCAUGCUCUCUUCCCUUGUGGCAAAGCGGGAGAAGCUGCAGGAGGAGCUCCGCACCAUCGAGAAACAGGUGUACGAGUACGAAACCAGCUACUUGCAAGAUUCGAGCCAUUUCGGGAAUAUGCUGAAAGGGUUCGAAGGGUUUCUGUCUUCUUCAAAGAAUUCCUCCAACUUAAAGAGAUCUAGGAAACUGCAGGCGGAAGACAGACUCUUCUCGUUAUCUUCAGUUACCUCGCCAGCAGCUGAAGAACUUGGGAUUGGCCGUGAUGAUGGAAGAAUUGAUCUUGGUUCAAAUCGGGCUAAAGGAGGAAUCUUGCCAGCAAAUGGGCAGGGGAAGCCAAAGAAGGGAAGAACACCAAUGGGAACUAGAGAUGCAAAGAAACUCAGACCAACAAAUGAAGCAGAAUUCGAUGAGGAAGAUGAACCCCUAUGAGCUUCAAAUGAUCAAUUGGAGACUUUUGAUUCAAUCAGCUUGGAUUUGUGUGUGCAAACUAAUUGUAGCACUGUAACUUAUGGAGAGCUAUCUGUUGAAGUGUUGUAAGUUGUAACUUAUGUACACAAUCUUGGUAUUGAGCAGUAUUCUGAGGAACAUUCUAGGUUCAAAUGUACAGAUCAACUAUCUAGCUGCUGCAAAAUGAUAGUGUAGCUCUUUGCCACUGGUUUAUAACCACCAGUUUUAUUGUUUUGAGUUGAGUAAAACUGCGAAGAGCGUAGAACUCUUCAUAUCAACUACACUUGAAUCUCCAUAUCUCAAACACAAGAUUGCUUAUUCUAGUUGAAUGCUUGCUUUUUCUUUUCGUUCUUCCAAAUUAGUAGCUGAAUACUUGGUAGUGGUGAUAGGGAAGCUGUAUCUAUUGUCUGUUGCAGGUAAGUCCAGAGCACUUUCAAUCUAGGAAGGACUGAAUUGGCUCUCCAGCACAAUUGCUAGCAAGGUAUGCUCCACAUCAUAAUUGGAUAGAAGAUUUCUUACUCUUUUUUUAUGUUUCUUAUUCUUGCUCCAGGAUGUCUAACACUAAGUUUCUGUGUUCCUUUCAGGCUAGAGGAUCUUUCUCGGGAGGUACCAUAGUGAUUAGCAGUGUGGUAAAAACAUUCGAGAGAAAGAUGAAUCUGAAACCCCAGGGGGUGUGCUAAGUCAGAAUCUGCAACAGAAACAAAGUUUUGAUAUCAGUUUCUGCGUGGCUCAUUGACUCGACAAAUAGGUGUUGGAAUUAUGGCCUUCAUCACUACUUUGGAGUACCAAACUGUUUGCAUCAUCUUAUCAGUUCCCUUGCCCUUGCUCCCGGUGGAUGAUCAGCUGGUAAUUUGGCAGUAUAAGUGUAUAACAAUCUGACGCCUGCAUAGUCAAGUCCGGAUGUCAGGUUCUGGUUAGGCAUUUUGUUUCUGGUUUUUUUAAUAGGAUGCCAUACUGCUUCAGGAGACCAUCGUGGCUGGAACUUACGUUGUGUAUCGUUAUAUGGAUUUAAGCAUCAUGCGAUGUUUCUUCAUAUGCCCCAUGAUAGUGCAGCUUUCGAUGAAUCUGUUGCAGCCAAUUUAUAUACGAGCUUCACCCCGCCAUUACAUGGCUGCAUUUGUUCUAAAAUGAGAGUGCUAAUGUUGUUUUUCUGCGUCAGGGAAUUUGAAAAUCUAGGUUUGUUGUUGCUAACACGAUUCCAAAUUGCCAAUCUUAUUCCAAAGGUUCCGAUGCUAGGUGGAGCGUAGACAAGCAUUCCACUUUCCCCCUUCAUUGCCACGGACAUCAGAUGCGACAAAUAUCAGAAUAUCAUACUGUACUAAUAGAGUAUAUUAUAAUGA